GUAUGAGGCAGCAAGUGAACACUCAAUUUUUGAAGAUGAUGUGGUGGAAACAGCAAAAAUGCGGAGCUCAUUUGGAGGCAUGAGGGAGACCUGCGCCAAUUACAAGCUGUGUGGAUCUGUCACAGAGCAGCCAAGCGGAGGCCCUCCUCUCUGUAACUUCUCAAAUGAGGAAGUUCACAGUCGAGCUAGUAGCAGCUUCCUUUUACAGCUUGUACACGCAGAGGAUGAACAAGUGAAAGAAAGGACUUGAAAGUACGCAUAGUGAGAAGAUGAAAAUAGCCACAAAGAAAAACUGAGUCUACAGAGGUUUGCUGCAAUUAUUUUUUUAAAGACCAGAUGCAAAACUCUUGAGCUCAGGCUCUUGGGUGAGAAACAGGAUGCCAGGUUAUCAUCCUUGGUACCAUGGUAAUAUAACUCGAUCCAAAGCCGAGGAUCUACUUUCCAAAGCAGCGAGAGAUGGAAGCUUCCUUAUCCGGGACAGCGAGUCCAUACAGGGAGCGUAUGCUCUCUGUGUUUUAUUCCAGAACUGUGUGUACACAUACAGAAUCCUGCCAAAUGAGGACAAGAAGCUUUCUGUCCAGGCCUCUGAAGGAGUUCCUAUUAGGUUCUUCACGAUGCUGCCUGAGCUGGUGGAGGCGUACUACAGCCCCAACAUGGGUCUGGUCACACAUCUGCAGUACUCAGUCCAGAGGGAGGAGGAGGUAGACGAGGAGCCAGACAGUCUUCCACCGCAACUUCCACCCAGACACUUCACAGCCGACGACUCCAAAGCUUCUGAACAGCCGUGCAAGUCCUUAUCAGACACCUACCUGAUGAGGCUGCAGCAUUUAGACCUAUCCACAAUACCGGAGGACCAUCAAGUCGCAAUCCAGGAAUACUUCAGGUCUUCAGUCUGCUUGGAUGCUGAACAAGCACAGAAUGGCAAUCCGAACCUGCCCGGGCUCAGGAAGCUAAUGAUGGCACUCUGCAAGAACCUCAACAGUGAAAUUUCCCACAUCCUGCCAGCUCUGGAAGUCUUUCACAGAGCAUUGGACCAGCAGCUCUGUUCAGGGAUAGGACAGGUCCCGAAACAAAUUUUUGUUGAUUCAGGUCCAUCUAUAUCAUAUCGUUUAGAGCAACUAACAAAACUUCUCUACUCAAUAGAAGAUAAGGCUAAAAGUUCUGUCUUUGAGUCUGUUGGAUAUGAAGGAGGUCACAGGAAGUCUCUCAUACCGGUCGUUACAUUUGAGGUCAAGCAAGAAUCUCUGGCCAUUCCCACAAAGAUGUUCCUGAAAGUGGAUGUUGAAGGAGGGAAGCUCUACUUUAAGAAGUCGAAAGAUGGGCCUGAAGACAAAUACUUUGUGCACAAUAAAAUCCUGCAGUUGGUGAAAUCCCAGAAGAUGCAUGCCAAACUUGUCAUCAUAGUAGAGACAGAGAAAGAGAAGAUCUUGCGUAAAGAGUUUGUGUUUGAUGACACAAAGAAACGAGAAGGUUUCUGUCAGCUGCUUCAACAAAUGAAGAACAAACACUCAGAAAAGCCCGAACCGGACAUGAUCACAGUGUUUGUUGGCACCUGGAACAUGGGAAACGCUGGUCCUCCCCACAACAUCAACUCCUGGUUUCAGUGUAAGGGCCAAGGGAAGACACAAGAUGACACAGCAGAUCACAUCCCACAUGAUUUCUACGUCAUUGGGACUCAGGAGGAUCCUCUGGGUGAGAGGGAGUGGGCCGAAACGGUGAAAGGCGUCCUGAGGAACAUCACAAACAUUAGCUUUAAACAAGUGGCGAUUAACACACUGUGGAACAUUCGGAUUGUGGUUCUGGCCAAACCUGAGCAUGAAAACAGGAUCUCCCAUGUUUUCACAGACAGUGUGAAGACAGGAAUCGCCAACACUUUGGGAAACAAGGGAGCAGUGGGCAUCUCCUUCAUGUUCAACGGUACAUCUUUUGGGUUUGUCAACAGUCACUUGACAUCUGGAAGUGAGAAGAAGCUGAGACGCAAUCAAAACUACAUCAACAUCCUGCGAUUUUUGAAUCUGGGAGAUAAGAAGCUUAAUCCGUUUGACAUCACACAUCAGUUUACUCACCUCUUCUGGCUUGGAGAUCUGAACUACCGCGUUGAAUUCCCAUCCACAGAAGCUGAGUACAUUGUGACAAAGAUCAAACAGCAGCAGUACCAGGAACUCCUCAGUAAAGACCAACUCAGCAUGGAGAAGAAUGAGGACAAGGUCUUCUUGCAUUUUGAUGAAGAGGAAAUCACCUUCGCACCCACAUAUCGCUUUGAAAGAGACACGCGAGAGAAGUAUGCUUACACAAAGGCCAAGGCCACAGGGACAAAGUACAAUUUGCCCUCAUGGUGCGACCGCAUCCUGCGGAAGUCAUAUCCUCUGGUUCAUGUUGUCUGCCAAGCAUACGGUUGCACUAAUGACAUCAUGACAAGUGACCACUCGCCCGUUUUUGCUUCGUUUGAAGUAGGCGUCGCCUCACAAUAUGUCUCCAAACAAGAUCCAGACAGUGCACCUCAAGGUGGAAUACAAAUCAUGAACUGUGUGGCCACAUUGUUGACAAAAUCAAAGACCAAGUUCUUCAUCGAAUUCCACUCCAGCUGCUUGGAGAAGACAGUGAAGACAUCAGAGGGAGAGAAUGCAGAGCACCCUGCUGGCUCCAUAAAAGUUCGGUUUGGCAACCAAGUACAGCUCACCCCCAUCAUCUCUGACCCCGAGUACCUGCUGGACCAGCACAUCCUCAUCUGUGUGAAGUCCACAGACUGCGACGAGUCGUACGGAGAAGGAUGUGUAGCGCUGCGAGCCGCCCAGUUCUGCUACACCGAGUUUCAGAUCACACUGACGCACCACGGAGAGAAGACAGGCACUUUGACAGGCGGCAUCCAGUUACACACCUCUGAGGGGAAACCCACUGAGAAGUUAUAUGAUUUCAUCAAAAUCGAGAAGGAUGACCCUGUUGCCUCAAAAUGCAAAGGAGGAGAUCCCAACAAGAUGUCCGUCACCCAGGCUCAUGAUAUUUCUAACCCCAGUUACAUGGGAUUGUCAUAUAGAAGUGAGAAUGUGACCAAUAAUGGCUGGAGUUACAGCAUGCCAAAAUGGACCCUCCCCAAUGUCGGAGCAGGGGGUAAAGAGUCGAAGAAGAGUGGUUACGAUGUGAGCACACGCAGUCCAACAGGGAAAGGUUCCACAGGUGAGGAUGAAAGGACAUCAGAGAUGUUUGACAACCCGCUGUAUGGUUCAAUGGGAAAAUCACACAGUCGGGGCAAGGACCAAGACCACCAGCAGAAGGACCACCUCGCACUCCCAGAUGCGCCACUUUCAUCCUCCAAAGCAGCAGAUGCAGACCCUGAUCGCCCCCCGGUACCGACCCCACGCAACCGCUCCUUCACCUGCUCUGAGAACAAACCUCAGCCUCCAGCCCCCGUCAACCAGCAUCUGUCAGCACAAAAGAAACCGGUGGUGCCGUCACGCUCGGAGGGCGGGGUGGCACAGAACCGGCCUCCUCUGCCCAUUAAGUCCCGGCCAGGCGUCCCGGAGCCCCAAACCCCCAAACCCAGAGACUACAGAGAAAGCUCUGAACUCCCGGGCAAACACAGACCGCCGGCAAGACCUGGUCAGCCACACAAAGACCGUAAAGAAACGUCUUAAUUUUAAUAUAAUACGUGUAGUGAUGCAAACUCUUUCUUUUCGUUUUGUGCAUCCAGAAGUUCCCAAGAUGGGCCGUCCUGUGAAGUGAGAUCAGGCUGCAGCGACGGUCGCCACUGACUGUACAACUUCCUGCAUUUCUGGAAUUUCAGUCUUUAUGCUAAGCUAAGCUAUCUAUCUGCUGACUGUGAAGAAAAACUGCUAAUCCGGCUAAAUCUGAGUACAUCAAAAACGUUAAAGGGCCUAUAUAGGGCCUUAGCAAUGCUAACGGUUUCCCUCUGUUUCCAGUCCUCCUGUUAAGCUAAGCUAACUAUGUGUAGGCUGCAGCUCCAUAUUAAACAGACAAGAUCCUCCUCUCAUCUGACUCUUAGCAAGACGUUGUUUGAGCCCACAGCCCAAAGUUAUGAAAUAUUCCUUUAACGUUGCAUAGACAUUGGAGACACAUUUUCAGGCUUCAUUUGUGCUAAACUCGCAUUACAGCAUCAGAUUUUAAAUUGAACUUUGCUUCUAAAUAAUUUAGAUUUCAUGUUGAGUUUACACUAUGAAGUGUCCAAUGAAUGUUUACCACACAGUAUUAUCUUGCACAGACACGUUUGCCUUGAAGACGUACAAUAAAUGCUGAAAUAAAAAUAAAUCAAAUAUCUAAGCUUAA